AUGCAAUCGGAAAUCGAUCGGCUCGAGGCAGUCAUGAUCGCAUUAGCAAACUUCAUCACUCCGUUGUACAGGUACUGGGGAUUCUCACGCACAUCGUUCCCCAUCCACACCCACAAUCGCCGAGAAUGGCAGUACAUUGCCAUGUCAACUGUCAGUCUCAUGCACUUGGUGCGGGAGACGGUCGAUUACUGGCAUAAAAUCUUGAACAACAACAUCAAAGCGGGCACUCUGUGGCCUGAUCCACCCAUCAAGCGGAUCCUCUGGAACCAUCAUACACAGGAGGCAAUCCACCUCAAUGUCGCUACAGACGAAAAGAGGACCUUGCUUGACUAUUCUGGUCGGUUUGUGCAACCAGAGGCUCGGUGGUUCAUCCCCUACGGCCACAUAAAUCACACAAACGAACACGAGUUCUUUGAGCGCAUCUGCGCGCACAUUGCCAUUCUUAUACAUGAGCGGCAAUGGCGCAUUGAUCGCGAGAUUGAAAUGGACGAAGACAUUCAUGUCUGGGUUGACCGCUGGCUCCGCCAUCUCCGGUCACUAUUGAUCAUGAUCCACGAGAAUCUCGACCUCCGCUCUGAGCGGAGGCCACCCAUCUGGCUAGAAAUCGACCUCCCAAGUGAUCGAGCCCUUCCGGACGGUCCAUACACUCUCAGCAUUGGACAACUCACUUUGCUCCUCGCGCAUCCCGAGGAAAUCGAUUUCUGGGAAACACAGUCAGCAGCACGCAAGCCCAUGCUGAUGCCCGAGCCACGAAAUCUCGUGAACGACAACACAGCUCGUCGGGUUUGGCUGGCACGCCAGGCCCUUCAUUGCGAAUACGUUUAUCGCCGCCUUCAGUUGGAGCGCACGACGAUGGCCCAGCUCAACGAACGGUUUUUGCGGGAAGGCGGGCCUUCGGCGUUGGCGCGAGCACAGGGCAUCGACCUUCUUUCGGACCGCAUGCAGUGGUUCCGUGCGCAGAUCGAGCAGUACGAACAGGGAAUGAAAGUAGGUAUUUUAACUGAAGCACGCACCACUGCAAAGGGCACUGCAGCCAGUUGGUACCCACCUGCGCAACAGUCACUGACAUUCCCAUCUGUCUCCAGAGUCAGAGUCCAGCGCGCGCAUAGCACAUACGACGUGAAGCAAUACCUACGCGAGGCGGCUACUGAGGCACAGCUCGACAUCGAAGAGCGCGGUCCGCUCGAAUUCACGGACCAGCCCCCGGAGCGGCAUGAAUGGACGGAGGAGAUGGUGGAGCGGAUGAACAGGACGAUCCGUGCGCUGCUCAACAGCCCGGUCUCCUAUGAGGCGUUGGACGAGAUACUCAAGUGGUAUCUACUGGACGAGAGAUGGCGGCAUUCCCUCAACUACGUCCCCAAGGGCAUUCUCUUCCCUCGCGUCCUUGACGAGUGCUUCGCCUGGCAGUAUUGGGACGAGCCGGCGGAGGGAGCGUGGAAGGAAGGUCUCUCAUUGGAGACGUUCCUGUCCGAAUGGCGGCAGUGCCAGGUGAAGGAGUGGGACAUCAGGACGCCGAAGGAGGAGGAGGACGCCGGAAUGCAGGCAUUUGCAGAGAUCUGGCUGCACAAUGACCACUUGUACUCUGGGACCCCUGUCCAGGAGUUCGAGGACACCGACGCCCCGACGAUGAUGUAUGAGAUCGACCGUGGGCGCGUCACGGACGAGGACCGCAAGAAGGCGAUGCAGAGACGCGGUAUCUACCUCGCGAUGAAGGCCAAGGGUCACGCACCGGCCGCAAUGAGCGACCCAAUUCCGCUGAACAAGUACAAGAGGCCGAAGGACCUUCCACCGAAAUCGCUCGACACCGCGUUCUACGGCAAGGACUGCUGCUUGCGCUGCCUGGACAGAGGCUUAGUCGAUUGCCGCGUCCCGAAGAGGGACUAUGAGGACCCGCGCUGCGUCGCGUGCAUCGACGCACGCAAGGGGUGCUCUUUCAAGUGCGUCAAGUACUACGCGCACUCGAGCAAGCCAUGCGCGCACCCCGCCAAGUCGUGCGCGCACGAGGACUUCGCGGGGUCGUACAGAUGGGGAUGCAGAGGCUUCCGAUGUCGGGGCCGCUGGGAAACGCGGAGCCCCGAGAACGAGGAGGUGAUGGGAGAGGAGGGGACAGCUGCGAAACGCGUGAAGCGUCGGAAGCUCGUCGAGUAG